GAAAGAGAAAAUUGACAUGUCACGAACACAGGAAUUCACGUUCACACGAGGCGCGGUGCUGUUCAAAUGCUUAACUCAAUUCUGCUUUUUUUUUUUUUUUUUUUUUUUGUUCCUUAACUCCUUUCUCAAUGUACCAAACCCAUUGUUGGAACCUUCGCAUACUCAGAUCAAACCCUCUACACGAACAAGUCUCUCUCUAAAGGGUUUAAAGACAUCUCCUUUGCAAAGAAUUUUGAGCCUGUUCCCUCGAAACUAUUGCAUGUAAAGACUCAAGCUUUGAUGCUGGAUAUUCGUAUUUCGUUUGCACAUUCAUGUGGGUCAUUGUGUGGAUGCCUCAGUUUCAGCAAAGGGAUAAAAGGGUCUGUGUGAGUGUGACUUGAGGAGGGUCUUUCCUUCAAUUCAGUUCAAGGGUAGCCUUGUGUUCUUUUCAUAUUGGAGCAUGAGUUUGCUUGUGGGGUGGAUUUUAAUUUUCAAACCGUAAGCGAUAUCACCCUAUUUGGAAAAAAGUAAGGAUUUUGCAAUUGUAGUGAAGUGGGAAGCAUUUGUUUUAGUUGAGGGAGCAAAGGAUGAUUCAGCUUUUGUUCUUGGUAAUUUUUGCUGAGGUGGUUCUGGCAUUUCUUUUGUUGGUGAAGAUAGGACCCUUGAGAGAUCUUGUUAUAAAGAGCCUGGAUCAAUUGAAGAUGGGUAAGGGUCCAGCUACAGUAAAAACUAUUGCAGGUACCAUGUCUGUGAUUCUCCUUUCAAGUCUCAUGAGCAUUGUAAAGAUCCAGAACAAAGGUGCUAAACUUGGAACGAUGUCGCCCAUGGAUCAAGUUCUGUGGAGAACUCACUUGCUGGAGGCUUCCCUCAUGGGUUUUACAUUAUUCCUUGGAUUUCUUAUUGAUCGAAUCCACCAUUAUCUUCAAAAACUUGUUAAUUUAAGGAGUAAUGCAAGAACUUCAAACCAAGAAUUAGAAAACCUUAAAAAGGAAACUGUGCAACUUAAAGAAAAGGAUGAGAAAGCUUCGAAGGAGAUACAACAGCUUAAGGAAGAACUUUCACGGGUGGCCGAAAGUUUGAAAAAGAUAAAAUUGGAAUCUGAAGAGAAGGACAAGAAAGUUGAGACUGCUGAAGCACAUGUUGCUUCCCUCCAAAAGCAAGCUGCAGAUCUACUACUUGAAUAUGACAGACUCUUAGAAGAAAACCAAAAUCUGCAGGCUCAAACACUGGGACACAAGAGUUGAGGAAUGGCUGAGAUGCAUUGAUAAACAAAUUUUGGGGAUGAGAUUUCUUCAGGGCCAUCCUUGGUUAGGUUGCAAAAUCUUUAUUUUGAAAAAAAAAAAUAUCUUUUGUUCCUUUUUGAAAAUGCAGCAUUGACCAAAAGAGCUCUGUGCUAAGUUUAUAAGUUUUGCAGUUCUUUUUAGUUUGUUCUCGAUUUAGUUAUCAGAUCAUUGCGUAACAAAUUCACCAUCUUGGUUUUUUGUUGUCUUUACCUCUUUUAUUGUUUGGAUGCAUGCUGAAGUAUUUUUGGUGGCACAAAUAGUCAUCAAGAAUUACAAAGGGUUUGUUGAAUUUCAACAUUAUAAUUGUGCCUUCAA